AUGAAUGUUCUUGACCAUGUUUCCCGGGCCCGUACUCAUCUAGAACAAAAACGCAAAGAUGCAGAAGACAAACUGAUCCGUCUACAAGAAAAGAUGGCAAAAAAGAUCAGCAAAUUACAGCAACUUCAUCGCCAAGAAGACUUAUUAAAAAGACGCGGUUUAGAAUUAUUAAAACUUAGUAAAGAACAGGAUACCGAAGAAGAACAGGCCCACCUAGCAGAAGAACAGGCUCACAUUAUCGAAGAACAGGUCCAAGUCAAACGAGGACAUGGCAUUCCUACCUCUAAGACUUCUUCCUUAGCCUUCCCCUCCUCCUUAUCUGGGAUAAAUUUUGAUCUUGGCCCGAUGUCACCGUCGACUGCGGCCGUAUGGGCCUUGGUCGGUCAGGGUUUUGGCGGUGAAAACCCUCAAUCAACCUCUGGACCCCAUCACUCAUAA